AUGUUCACCGAGCAGGCCCACUACUACACCGCCGUCGGGCGCCUGCCCUUUGUGCGCACCGUGUGCGAAAUCGGGUUCAACGCGGGCCACUCGGCCGCCGUGUGGCUCACCAGCCAGCCUGACCUGCGCCUCCAGUCCUUCGACAUCGGGAUGCACGGCUACGUCGGCACCGCCGCCAACCACAUCAAGGCCCAGUUUCCAGGCCGGUUCGACAUCAAGCUCGGCGACUCGGUCCAGGCGGUGCCCGGCUUUGUCCAGCGCCACCCAGGGUUCGUGUGCGACGUGCUGCACGUGGACGGCGCGCACGAGGGCGACAUACCGCGGUUGGACUUGGCCAACAUGCGCGCGCUGGCCCGGCCGCACAGCAUUCUGCUGAUGGACGACCUGCAGUGCCCGUUCCCCCACUGCCGCGCGCCGCGGACGGCGUGGGACGGGCUGAAGGCCGCAGGCGAGAUCGAGGAGUGGGACUGCCAGAGCUACGAAGACGGAAAGCGGGGCUGGUGUGUUGGGCGCUAUGUGUUCUGA